UGGGUUGACUGUCAGCAUCCCUGGAGAGUUGGCAAUGUGCUGCUGCAACCCGACAACAGCGGGAAAAACAUUCGACUUGGACUGCUGGUAGUACUCGACAGCGCACGCCGUCGCACCGACCGUUGCGACAGCCUCCUGCCGCCUGCACCACCCGCGCCAACCGCGGGCACCGAGCCGGCAGCUUAGUUGGUCGGCUCCGUCGCAGGCUGCUCCCGUCGCCCUUCGCUGCGCGCGCCGCCACGCCCACCUCCCGCCCCUAAUAUCGAGUCUCCGGAGAAUGCGCCGACCAUCCACCUCUUCUACCCCAGCUCGCUUUGAGCAACGAGCCCUUCUUCAUGAGCCCGCAGCAUUCUUCCUCAGGAGGGCAGUGGCCGCCCCUGCGCCCCUCCAAGCGCAGUAAACUCCGAAAUGGCACUUUCGUGAUACCCACGACCGGCGAGCGCUCGCAUCGCCAGUUCACCCUCCGCCACCCCCCCUCAAUCGCCGGGUCCCACGGCGGCGACGAUGCCAGCGAUGCCGCCUCCAUAUACUCCCGCCGCGGACUGGCCAGGACCUUCAAGCGAGUCUCGAAUAUCCCUCUCGAGGCCCUGCUUGCCUUCUUCAAGUUCUUGGGGACCCCGAAAGGCCGGGGCGUGCUCAAGUGCACUCUGGCCUACGUCCUGGGCAGUCUGAUGACAUUCGUGCCGCCGUUCGCCGAGCUCUUGGGGAAGCCAGACGGGAAGCACGUCACGGCGACUAUCACCGUCUACUUUCAUCCCUCUCGGACGGCAGGCUCCAUGAUUCAGGCCAUCCUGAUUGCCUUCACCGCCGUUAUAUAUGCCGCCCUGAUCUCGGUCUUGUCAAUGGCCACCUCGGUACUCUUCGGCUCCGUGCUCGAUGCGCCAACCAUCGCCUUCAGCUUGAUUCUGAUUGUGUUUGUGGGGGGCGGCUUUGGCUUCAUCGGCUGGGUCAAACAGCGCAUGAACAACCCACUCGUCAACGUCGGCGGGACCCUCGCCUCCCUGGCCAUCAUCAGCGUUGUGACCAAGGAGAACGCCACGUUCACGAGCAUCUGGGACAACACCAAGCUCGUUCAGGUGUUGAAGAUUCUCAUAAUCGGCAUCACCUGCUCUGCCUCGGUCAAUUUGCUUCUUUGGCGGACAUCAGCCCGAAACCAGCUACGCAAGUCCAUGGGCUCAGCCUCGACAUCGCUCGGCGACAUGCUGUCGUACGUCACGCACUGCUUUCUGAGCGGGCGGGAAGAGGAAUUUCAAUCUUCCGAGUUUUCCCGUGCCGUGGCUGUAUACUCGUCGAGCUACACGGCCAUGACUGACGUGCUCCGGGAUGCCAAGUUCGAGCACUACUUCCUAGGCCACGAGCAGAUAUACCAGCUUGACAAGGCUGUGUACAAGUCUAUCGAGACACUGGCACAGUCUAUAGGAGGUCUGCGCAGUGCCGCAAAUACUCAGUUCGCUUUGCUACGCGAGUCGGAGCAAACGAGCUCCGUUCUCAACAUGUCGCUGAGGAACGUGUCGAGCCUAUCGGCCGUUCUAAGCCCCACAUCGCCGAUUUUGUCGCGAUCUCUCUCCCAUACGCUCAAGAGCGGCCAGGACCGGAACCAUGUCCUCUCGGCCAUCCACGAGGUGCUUGACGAGAGUGCUAGUGAUAGCGAUCGCCCCGGUGGUAGGCGCCAUAAGGCGACGAGGUCCUACAGUGUGCCAAAUACGGCAUCGAACAGUGCCAAAGUCCAUGUUUUCCGCACCUCAUCUGAGAUAUUUGAGCUUUUUAUUGCUCUCCUCGGCCCGUCGAUGAAGUCAUUGGCCUACACGCUCUCCGAGAUACUCCGGGAGCCGGUCUUCGGCUCGGCACCCGAUUAUGAGGUGAUGAUUAAUGGAAACUUCCGGACGAGUCUGCUUGACGCCCUGAGUCUGUUCAACGACUCUCGUGCUAACGCGCUCAACGAGUUGUAUAAGAGCAUCGAGCUGGCACGCCCGUCCUACUCGGACAGCCUCAAGGCUGACUUUGAAGAGGUAGCCGCCGCGUGUGGUCACUUCAGUUUCAGUCUACAGACGUUUGGUGAGGAGAUGUCCAAAUAUCUGGACGUGCUCGACGACCUGAAGCAUGCCGCCGAGGACGGCCGAAAGAAGCGGACUUGGGGCUGGCUUUGUUUUUGGAGGUCCGAUCGGGCGCGCUUGUUCUCACGCCCCGCCCUGCCGCUGCCGUAUGAGGACGCCGAACGCGAGAGUCUCAUAGGCCCGGCGCCCACGCCGGUUCGUGGGAUCAGACGCUCCCAGUUACCACAGGGAAUUCCAUCGACCAUGACGGCACACCGCGACACGUACAGCUGGCAAGCUGCGGCCGACGCAAACAAGACGAUGAUGAUACUUGCGCAGAGACUCUUGCGGUUUUUGAGGCGUUGCGGCCGGGAUGAUGUCCGAUUCGGUCUAAAGGUGGGCAUAGGUGCCAUGCUCUGGGCCAUGUUCGCCUUCAUUCCGGCAACUCGCCCUACCUAUGCGCAUUGGCGUGGCGAGUGGGGGCUGCUCUCCUUCAUGAUUGUCUGUUCGAUGACGGUCGGAGCUUCCAACACUACUGGCAUAGCCCGGUUUAUCGGCACCAUAUUUGGAGUGGGCAUGUUUCUGAUCAACUGGCUUAUCAGCGGGGGCAAUGCCUUCGUUCUGUGUGCGCUGGGCGCUUGUGUAGCGUUCUACAACUUUAACCUGAUUGUUGCCAAAGGCAAGGCUCCCCUAGGGCGUAUGACGCUGCUUGCCUACAACGUCUCGGCCCUAUACGCCUAUAGCCUGUCUCAGAGCGUGGACGACGACGACGACGACGAGGGUGGCUUGGACCCCUGGAUUGGCGAGAUCGCGCUGCAUCGAUCGGUUGCCGUUACAGCUGGUAUAAUUUGGGGCCUCAUAGUGUGCCGUCUCAUCUGGCCAAUUUCGGCGCGCAAGAAGUUCAAGGAGGGGCUCUCGGUUCUCUACCUGCAGAUGGGCCUGAUCUGGAAGCGAGGACCGCUCGCCAUUCUCUUGCGGAGUGACUGUACCAGGUCGUACCUAAAGACUGGCGAGCAGGCUGCACUGCAGCGAUAUGCAUCUCGCCUCGAAACACUGAGGCUGGCGGCGGCUGGUGAAUUCGAGCUUCGAGGGCCGUUCCCAUUUGCGCCAUGCGGGCGCAUCCUUGCGUCAACGAAUCGGAUUCUGGACGCCUUCUACGCCAUGAGCCUGGUGACGCAACGCAAAGGCCACAUGAGCGAGGGUGAGCGAGAGCUGCUUCUCUUCACGGCAAAGGAGCGGGCGGUCCUGUGCGAGCGUAUCUGCCAUGUGUUCCAGGUGCUGGCGAGUUCCCUGAUGCUGGAGUACCCGCUCACCGAGUCGAUCCCAAGCAUCACCAACACGCGUGAUCGGCUGCUGGCCAAGAUAUUCCAGUUCCGCAACGACCACGGCGCCGCGGCGGCCGUCCUGGCGGCGGCCGAGGGUGGCUGGCCAGCCGGCGACGCGUCGGCCACGGCAGAGUCUGCGGGACUUAGCAGUUCGCCGUCGUCCUCGUCGGCCGACGCUGCCGCCCGCCUCCUUGUCCAGCGCGACUCGUCUGAGGUGGCUGUCCAGAAGCUGGGGCAGUGGGCCAAGACGGGCCGCAUCCCGGUCGAGGAGAGGGACUAUGCGCUCCUGUACGCCUACGCGCUCGUCACGGGCCAGGUGGCGGAGGAGCUCAAGGUGGUGGAGAGGGAGAUUGAGAAUCUUUACGGAAUCCUGGACGAGGAGGCAAACCUUCUCGAGUAAAUGUUAAUGAUUUGAUUUGGACAUUUUGGCUGGUUAUUACACCCGUGGUCGGCCCCUUUGACUUUUUUUUUGUUUUGAUUUGCGGCGGGAUAUAUACCAAAAACUACCGUGAGCAAUGCCAACUACGAAGGUAAAUACACGUAUGGUGCCGCUAGUAUUGGGUCAAACUGGCUGUCGUUUCAUCUAUUUUCGG